AGAUCGCACCGCGCAUGCUUGCACUUCCGCGGACAUACGGGCACGUCGCUGGUGCGGGCCGCACCCCAGGAAAGCCUAAAAGCUGAAAGACGUGGGGUGGGGUGCCCGCCAUCCCCCGCCCCCGUCCGCACUCCAGCUCCUGAGCGCCCUCCUGCCCACCGAAGCGCCCCGGCACAGCCGCGGCUGGAGUCGUGGGCGCCGACGGGCGGCGCCGUGAUGACGCCACGCGUCACGGUGACGCACGACAUAGGCGACCUGCUUUGGGAGCGCAGCCGGCGCGCCCGUUUUGAAGCUGCCCUGAGCUGGGCGGGCCCCGCCGCGGUCCGGCCUUCCGCCUCCGCCGGGCCCCCCAGUCCGCGCAGCCCCUGGGCGGGGCGCCGCCCUACCCCGACCCAUGACCCCGGGCCCGCGACGCCCGCCGGGCCGUUGACUCCACGCGAGACCCCGGGCCCGCCACGCCCGCCGGGCCGUUGACUGCACACCAGACCCCGGGCCCGCCACGCCCGCCGGGCCGUUGACUCCACGCCAGACCCCGGGCCCGCCACGCCCGCCGGGCCGCUGCCUCCUCACCGGGCCCCGGACCCGCGACGCCCGCUGGGCCGGCCGCCUUCACCCGGGACCACGGGUCCGGGACCCCCGUGGGGCUCGUCCCCUUUGGCGGCCGUCGCCUACUACGCGGAGGUCCAUUCAGGUCGGACUUCGGUCCCGGCUCCAGGCACCUGUGCAGGAGGAAGGCGUCCCCCUGGAAGGAGGGUCCGAGCCCCGGAGAUGCCGCCCGGCAAAGUCCUGCAGCCCGUCCUGAAGAUGAAGGUGGACGAGCUCUUCCUGUGCUGGCUCAGCGAGUCCAGCACGCAGGCGAUGCUCCAAGACUGCUUGCAGAGGAUCAAGAUGCCCGGGGGGCCCGAGGGGGUCGCGGGAGACGCAGGGCAGCCCGGGCCCCCGUUCGCAGCCCCGGCCCUCGCCUGCAGGCCGCGCGGGUUGGAUGGCCCGGGGGCGCCCAGCCCGUCCCCCGCGUCCACCGCUCUCCCCCUGGGAGCCGCCUCUAGUGCCCGGAGUGGACCACCUGUUCGAGGGCCUCGUCGAUCCGCAGGGACGAGAGUAGUUCAGACGAGGAGGGAGGAGCCCCUGCCGCCCGCUGCCAGCCUGAGCAUUCCCACGUUCUACUUCCCCCGAGGCCGCCCGCAGGACGCGGUGAACGUGGACGCCGUCAUCGCCAAGAUCGAGAGGACCUUUGCCCAGUUCCCGCACGAGAGGGCCACCAUGGGGGACAUGGGCAGAGUGGCCAAGGCCUGCGGCUGCCCGCUCUACUGGAAGGGGCCGCUCUUCUGCGGCGCCGGCGGGGAGCGCACGGGCUCCGUCUCUGUGCACAAGUUCGUCGCCAUGUGGAGAAAGAUGCUCCAGAGCUGUCACGAUGACGCGGCCAAGUUCGUCCACCUGCUCGUGAGCCCCGGCGGCAACUCCCUGGCGCAGGAGGACUUCAUCCCCUUCUUGCAGGACGUGGUGAACACCCACCCGGGCUUGGCAUUCCUGAAGGAAGCGUCGGAGUUCCACUCCCGCUACAUCACCACGGUCAUACAGAGGAUCUUCUACACGGUCAACAGGUCUUGGUCCGGGAGGAUCACGUGCACGGAGCUCCGGAGGAGCACGUUCCUGCAGAACGUGGCACUCCUGGAAGACGAGGCGGACAUCAACCAGCUGACCGAGUUCUUCUCCUACGAGCACUUCUACGUCAUCUACUGCAAGUUCUGGGAGCUGGACACGGACCACGACCUGCUCAUUGACGCGCAGGACCUGGCCCAGCACAGCGACCACGCCAUAUCCACCAAGAUGAUCGAGAGGAUCUUCUCCGGAGCCGUGACGCGAGGGAGAAAAGUGCAGAAAGAAGGAAAAAUAAGCUACGCUGACUUUGUCUGGUUCUUGAUCUCCGAGGAAGACAAGAAAACCCCGACCAGCAUCGAGUACUGGUUCCGCUGCAUGGACCUGGAUGGGGACGGGGUGCUGUCCAUGUACGAGCUGGAGUACUUCUAUGAGGAGCAGUGCCGCCGGCUGGACAGCAUGGCCAUCGAGGCCCUGCCCUUUGAGGACUGCCUGUGCCAGAUGCUGGACCUGGUGAAGCCCCAGAGCGAAGGGAGGAUCACGCUUCACGACCUGAAGAAGUGCAAGCUGGCCAGCGUCUUCUUCGACACCUUCUUCAACAUUGAGAAGUACCUGGACCACGAGCAGAGAGAGCAGGUCUCCGUGUUCAGGGAGAGCGAGAGCGAGGGCCCCGAGAUGUCCGACUGGGAGAGGUACGCCGCCGAGGAGUACGACAUCCUGGUGGCUGAGGAGGCCGUGGGGGAGCCCUGGGACGAUGAGUACGAGGCGGAGCUCAGCCCCGUGGACCAGAAGCUGGGCGCGCUGCGGUCCCCGCUGGCCCAGAGGCCCUUCUUCGAGGUGCCAACCGGCCUGGGCGCCGUCGAGCUGUAUGAGUACGAGUGCGGGGAUGACGACCUGCCGCCCUCGUGACCUGUGGCCUCCGCGGGGCGUGAACGCGGCCUCUGCCUCGGGAACAGAACGGCGUGCUCGUGGAGCUCUUUUACAGAAAGUGAAGUGCGUUUGUAUGGAGAGACGUUCUUAUUUAUUCAGCACAGAAGCUGGCCAGAGACAGUCACUGAGGGGGGCCCCACCCGCCCCGGAGGAGCUGCCGCGCGUGCGAGAGCCCCAGCCCGGCCUGGCGGCAAGGACACGCGCGCCCCAGCGUCCCCGGCAGGCAGGGCGACCUCGGCCCCGCCGUCCAGCUUCCAAGUGUAGGUGUUUGCAGACUCGCGUCGCCUGGCCGACGGUUCACCUCGUCCGGCUGAGCGGCUCCCAGGCGCCACCCGGGAGAUCUGCCUGCGGUCGUGGAGGUGCGCUGACUUCGGGGCGGGGUGUGGUCGUCAGGAACAUUCCGGGAGCCCCGGCGCCUCCGUCCCGCGGGCGCCCCCGCAGGGGCCACUGUCCUGGCCGCAGCUUCUCCCCCAGAGGGAGCGCCCACGUCAGCAUAUCAUCUUCUACUGUUUUUGUGUAAAUGUACAGAAUAUGUAAAGUUGAUCUUUAUUUGCUGUGCAGAGCAGUUUAAAAACGUUUUAUGAGAUCACGUUUGUAUUUUCAAAUAAAGAAAUUAAGGAUUUUCA